UUGCAGUCGGGUCAACGGCAUCGCGGGCGGCGGGUGACUCUCUUCUCCCUCAUCUUCACCGGGGUUGCGACGGUUACGGUUGACCAAACAAUCUAAUAACCGAGCAAAACGCAAGCAGCAGCCACAAUGGAGUCGGCUGCGCUUCAGGUGCAUCGGUGCCGCUUCGUGCCCUUCAAACCCGAGCCCAUCAAUGCCAUUGCCUGCAACACCAAUGGCCUCAUUGCCCUCGGACGUGGGUCUGGCAACAUUGACAUCUACAGUCAAGACAGUGACAAAGCGACCCCCAUCUUCAUCAAGACACUGACAGCACGGGCGGGCCAAACCGUCGAGUCCCUGUUGUGGGUCGGCCCCAACGAACUCCUCGCCGUCGGGCUUGGCUCCUUCAUCUCCCAUUACAAUGUUCGCCUCGGCCUCGUGGCCCACGACUAUGAUUCCCUCGGUGGUGCUGUCUGGACCGUUGCCGGCAAUGCCGAUGCUUCGGCCGUCGUUACUGGCUGUGAGGAUUGCAGCCUCAAAAUGUUUCGUCGCGAUGGUGUUGACACAGCUUACUCCUUUGCCCUCGCCUCGGAUCGUUUUGACGGUCGCGUGCUGUGUGCAAGCUUCUCACCCGACGGUGAGGUCAUCUGUGCCGGUGAUGCCGCGGGCUACGCUCGCGUGUUGCCCGUCCGUACCCUGCGCACUCGCCAGCGCUUGAUGGUCAGCCCGGCCACCUCAAAGUCCAACGCCGACAUUCUGUGGGAUUGCGUCUUUAUCAACAAUCAAAUUGUUGCUCUUGCCACAUCCAGUGGACGCGUGGAGCUGUGGAACACGGUGGUGGGCCUCAAGCUGUCCUCAUACGAAACGCACAUGGCUGAUGUCCUGUGCCUGGCCCAUGACCCCAUCUCGCACCGCCUUCUUGCUUCGGGCAUCGACGCCAAGCUAGUCGUCCUAGAGCCCGCUCCUGCUGAGAUCAGCGCCAAGCCCUACGAGUACGUGGUGGCACGCCAGCGCCGCUACCACUCGCAUGACGUCCGUUGUCUGACUGUCUCCAAGGGCAAGAUUUAUUCAGCCGGUAUCGAUGGCAGCGUGGGCAUUCUCAGUGCUGCAGGAACGGGCAAAAUCUCCACCAUCUCGCCCUACCCCCAGCACAAGAUGCUGUGCCACGCAUCCAAGGCCCGAGUGCUGCUGAGCCUGGAUGGUCCCCAGCGCCUGACGUUGUGGAAUUUGCAAGGCAAUGCCCCAGAGAUUGCGCUCAGCGUUGAGAUGGAAGACGCUGUCAGCGCCUUUGCUGUGGCUCCUGACGCAUCCCAAAUUGCCGUGGCUGCUGGUCGCAAGCUCAAGUUGUUCGCCAUCAAUCUGCAGGGCAAGCGCACCUGUCACAAGGUCAAGACCUGGAACUACGACGCCCCGGUGUGCAGCAUCAAGUUUGGCGCAAAUGGAGCCCUGUUGUUGGCCCUCACAAGCGAUCUUAACCUCACGGUCAUGACGGGCGCCGACUUUGCCGACGUCCAGCAGCUCGAGCUGGGCGAGUCCGUGUACGCCGAGGGCACGGGCCGCGAAAGGCCCGCCGCUGCCGGACACGUGCAUCUGUCCAACGACGCACAAUAUGCUGUUCUGGUUCAUGGUCGCUAUGGCCACGUCGUGCAACUCGACACGAUCAAGUAUACCAACACUUUUGAUGCUGGGACCAUCAUCACGGCUUGCACCUUUCUCUACCAAACGCAUGAUUGCGUUUGCAUCGGCGCCGACGCCACGGUCGUGGCAUUCAACGUGGAACGCUCGCUCGCCAAGUCGGCGCUGGCGCCCAAGCUUUCAGCUGCCGGCAAGGAAUGCAAGGCUUUGCUCAAGGCCCCUGUAUUCGACAUUGUGUGUCAUCCAGCGGGCAAGGCCCUGUACUUUGUUUCAAACAACGGCGUGGCCAGCUUGAUCCUGGGCAAGGCUGGCAACGCUUCUGGGCAGCCAGAGGCCAAGCGCCGCCGUCCGUUGCUGGUGAAACGCCUGCCGUACCAACCCGUGCUGCACUUUGGAUUUUCACGUGGUGAGAUUUUGGUGGUCGAGAAGCCAUGGCUUGACGUAUUGCAAUUGCUACCAGAGCCUCUUAGUCGAUCAAGAUACGGCACUGCUUGAGUCAGGCAGCCUUACAGGCCCAAAUGGCCAUAAGGGACUAACAUGAUAAUUGACACUUGAAACUU